AUACGUAAGGGAACAGCAGAGCUCAGCAAUGAAGGCAGAAAACAAUGACAGAAAUCAUUGCAGGAAGUUGUGCUCCCUGAUAAAGGACAGCAUCGACCACAGCACAGGAUGCAUGAGGAUGGCUUUCUUCAGCUCAAGAGGAUAUAGAAUACAUUUCCCGUAGAAUAUCCUUCAGACAAUUCCUUGUGGGGCGGCUACACAAACCCAGACUUGCAGAGGAACAUUAAAAAGGGAAAGAAGAGGAACAGAAUGGCACGUUCUUCACUUCUACGUUUCAUUUUUGUCUUCUCCUUAGCUUUUACGCAUGGGGGUCAUGCAAGUGUGCAAAAUGAAGUGCUAUGUGUCAGCAAGGCCUGCUAUACAGUCGACUUGGAGAAAAACAGUUUUGCUGACGCAGCAAAUAAAUGUGAUACCAACGGAGGAAACCUGGUAACGAUAAAGAGCCAAGAGGAAGCCGAAUAUGUAACCAGUUUGCUUUCAAAACUGACCAGUGACACUCCACACCAUGGAGCAUUAAAGCUUUGGAUUGGCCUCAAGCUGAACAGCUGCACCGAUAGGCGGAAGACACUGAAAGGAUUUGCUUGGGUUACAGGGCAAGAAGACACUGACAAAAUCCAGUUCUCUAACUGGAAGCAGGAGCCUAAACAUACCUGCACCUCCGCCAGAUGUGUGACUAUGGCACUGGACGCUUCCUCCCCAGAUAAUUACAAAUGGUCAGAUGGAAAGUGCGGUGGCCAAGCAGAUGGGUAUCUCUGUGAAUUCCCUUCUAUAGGUAUGUGCAAGAGGGUAGUGUUGGCUGGCCCAGGGGAAGUGUAUUACCAAACACCAUUUGGUAUUGUAAGUAGCUCAUUGGAACUUGCCCCAUACGGGUCCAUGGCUUCUGUGAAUUGCAAACAAGGUUUAUUGCAAGGUGCUAAUCUGAUUUGUAGACAGAUGGAUGAUAAUAUGUUCUACUGGAAUGAAAGCCCAGAAACAAGAUCACCACAGCCCAUGUGUGCAUCCCCAGAAAUUGGUUGUAAGUAUAACAAUGGAGGUUGUGAACAGGAAUGUAUUGAGGACUUGCAUAAUGGUUCUGUCAGAUGUGCUUGUAAGGGGGGCUACGUGCUGGCACCUGAUUCACUCUCCUGUGUUUUACCGCAACACUGCCAGUCCAACCCUUGUGAGUACAAGUGCAUAAACCACCCCAAUGGCUUUAAUUGCACAUGUCCUGUGGGCUUUGUACUGCACGAUAACCAAGUGAAUUGCACUGAUGUGGAUGAAUGCCUGGGACAGCCCUGUAGCCACUCAUGUGCCAACACCCUCGGAAGCUUCCAGUGCAGUUGCCAAAGAGGCUUCAAAGAACAGGGAGAAAAGUGCAUAGACAUUGAUGAAUGCAUUGACUCCCCUUGUGACCAGGAUUGUUUAAACACACACGGAUCCUACCACUGCUCCUGUAAAGAAGGCUAUGCUAAGGGGGGAGAUGGAAUAUCCUGUUUGGACGUGGAUGAGUGCAGUUCUUCCCCUUGUGAGGUUUUGUGUCAUAACUUGCCCGGAGGAUACAAGUGUUCUUGCCUAAAAGGAUUCCAGUUGGCAUCUAAUGGCAUCUCUUGCAACCCAGAUAAUGACACUGAAGGGGGAGAAAUGGUAAGCAGUGUGCCCAAGACAGAGCACCAUCCUACCCAAAGUAUGCUGCCCUCAGACUCUUUCUCUGACUCCCCAAGCACAAGUGGCUCUAAUGAUAGCAUGGCUGUCACUUCUGUGUCUCUUGAGGUAGACCUUUCGUUGGGUAACAACUCCGUGGAUCAUAUAAAGAGUGGCACCAUCGGUGAACAAAGGCUGAUUAUUCUCGUGAGCACAAUAUGUGCCUGUGGCGCUUUGCUAGUCCUGGCUGUGAUUAUAGGCAUUGUGUAUCACAGGAAGAAACAAUCCCAGAAAACAAAAGAAGAACCCCCCAAAGCAACAGAUAAUUACGGCUGGGCCCCCGAGCAGUCGGAAUACAGAGCUGUGAACAAUCAAUACAGGUGAUGCCCGACACAGAGAGACACUUGGCUGACUUGUAGAUGAGCAUUUCUAAUUAAUACUUAUAUGCUAUAUACACACCCAUUCACUGCUAACCUUGAUUCUGCCAAUCUUCCUUAGGUCACAAUUAUUCUAACAAAACUGUGUGAAUAACAAUUUUUUCCUUUUUAUUGAUUGUUAUUAAUUAUUAAACAUUUCUACUUGACCUUUAAAUUGUACUAAUUUGGCAGAAUGGUGUUGCCAGAAACCCUCUAAAUAGAACUCAGCUACACCCGGGAGUAAAGUGCUAAAGGCUAUGCUAGGGUAAUGUAUAAUUCAGCCAGCUCCUUACCUGCUAGAGCCUUAGGGAACUGCAGAAAUCUCUCUGCUACUUUCAGCUACUAAAUAGCAUUAAAAGAGUUGUUCAUCUUGAAAUUAACUUUUAGCACGAUGUAGAGCUUGAUCAUGUUCUUCACCUUGUAUUUUUUGCUAUUUUACCUUUUGCAUUUGUACCUUUAUUUUUUCAGCAGCUCUUGAGUUUGGAUUUAAGCAGGUAUCUGGUUACUAGGGUUCAAAUUACCCUAGCAUCAAGGAAGUGGUUUGAUUGAGAAACUGAAUAUGAAUAAGAGGAGGGCUAAAUAAAAAAGAUAAGUGAUAAUUAGUAUCAAUAAUAAUAAAAUUGUAGUCUCACAGAGCAAUAAUUGUGGCUGCCGGGGUCAGUAACCCUCUUUUAAAAGCAGAAAAGAGACAAAAGAAAAGGCAAAUAAUUAAAAAACGAACUAUUCAAAUUGGCUAUUUUAUAACAUACUAAACGUUAAAGUCAAGGUGAACCACCCCUUUAAAACCAAUGCUUUCUGGAUAAUUGUUUCUGCAGCUCUAUAGUUUAGCGUUAAACAUGUCUAGUUGCUAGGGCCUUACUAACACUAGCAACUGGCAUUCGUUUGAAUGACAGACUGGCAUAUGAAUAGGAGACGGCUUGAAAGAAUUAUAAUAAUACAAAUUUAGCCUUAGAGUGAUUCUGCUUUCUGGUACCAUUGAUGUUAUUUUAGGUUUCAUUUACAAAAUGAUGGGUGUGAAUGUCUGUGGCACAUACAAACAGGCUAGAAUUAUGUGGGGAGCAAAGGACUAUGGAAAAACAACAAUAAUUUUUACACAGUGUGCUUUAUUCAUAACUCAUUGCUGUUAUUAGUAGUGAUAUGAGAUCCAUCCUUGUAAAGUGGUACCAAAUAAACCUGGCCAAUAUGAAACCUCA